AUGACGCCGCCACCGCCUCCUCCGCCGCCGCCGCCGGCAUCCUCCUACAGUCAGUUCCAUCAGCAGGUGGCCGGUGCGCCCCAUUACUGCCAGGACUGCCUCUCCUCGCCGUCGCCACCGCCCACAAUCAUCACAGAGCAGGCACAGGUGCAUGCCAUGCCGGGAUUGACAGCACCCCAGUCCCAAUCCCAGACACUGUCGCACAUCGAACAUUGCUCGUGCGGCCUGAGCUUCUCGGUGGGACAGGAUCAGCAGGAGCAGCUGGGCCCCAGGCUGCUCGCCUCGAGGUUCUCCACGCUGGAGCGGCAGUCGCAGGGCUUCCAGGUGGAGCAGGUGUCCGGCUGCCAGCAUCAUUACCACCACCAGCAGAGUGCCCUUUAUCACCACCCCCAAGGCAGUCAGGAUGCACAUGCUCAGACGGAUUUCUCCUAUGCGCAGCGCUAA